ACGAAGUUCUUUCAUUUUCUUCUUCUUGACUUUUCAAAUUCGAGGAGCUGCUGUUGUUGGUGGUGGUGGUGGAAUUUUUUCUUCCUCCUCCAAAAUCCUCUCACUGUUUCUUCGAUCUUCCUCUACAACUUUGUGCUGUUCAGAGGACAAGAUUUGCCCAAUUUUGCUCGCCAAUUUUGUUAAGGCUGCUGCCGGUAAAGAUGAUUUUGUAAGGAGGACAGCAAUCUAUACAUAAUCUGUCGUAUUGUGUGUUCCUGCGAGUCUGCGAUUUGAAGUCUUGGCUAAUUGAGAAAGCUAUUUGGAGGACAGAAAUGGUUGUUGAUCUUUAUCAAUGGAACGCUGCUGUAAGAGCCAAGGAAUUGGCUGAGAAGAAAAUGAACAGCAAGGAUUAUGUGGGAGCUCGAACAAUGCUCGUUGAAGCGCAAAAGCUAUACCCAGAUGUAGAAAAUGUUACUCAAAUGCUAACUGUAUGCCAAGUACACUGUUCUGCUGAACGCAAAAAAGAACUUGGUUCAGACCUAGACUGGUAUGCCAUCCUUCAGAUUGAGCAAACUGCUGACGAAGUAUCCAUUAAGAAGAAGUUCAGAAAUCUAGCCCUCCAACUUCAUCCUGAUAAGAACAAGUUUCCUGGUGCAGAAGCUGCCUUUAAAUUCAUCAAGGAUGCAGAGAGGAUUCUUUGUGACAAGUCAAAACGGUCACAAUUUGAUAUGAAGCGUGACGUUAUGCAACAUAGGCAGUCUCAGAAUCAGCCAAGUAUGAAUGACCAUCCGAGCCAACAUUCUGUGAGUACCGAUUUUUCAUCACUAUUCAAGAGGAUGGAGACUCACCUGCAAAAACAGCAGCAGGCUAAUGGUCAACAGACAUUCUGGACUCAAUGCCCUUCUUGUAGGAUAAGGUACCAGUAUUACACAGACGCUAUGAACAGAGUUCUUCGCUGUCAACACUGUAGUAAAACUUUUAUUGCUUUGAAUAACCAAGGGAUGCCUUAUGGAGUUAACAGUAGGCCAGUGCCCCCAAAGGCAGAUGCCCCGACUCAGGCUGAUCAGAAGAUACAGGGAAAUCGUGGCAAUGUGACACCAGUAUCUCAGGCACCCACGGUGUCAGGAAGGGCGCCUAAACCCAAAGCAGAAGAAGAUGUGAAUGUCCAUGUGGAAGUGGAAGUGAAAGAAAAAAGUGUACCCGCUGAACCUACACCUCCGGGUACCAAGAACAGGAAAAGAGGACGAAACUCUGUCACGGAAAAGGAAACAGAAAGUCUUGAAACUGAAAGCAGCUGCGACAUGGAAGAAGAUUGUGACCACGAAGCUGGACAGAAUUCUGGACUCAACAGUGGUCGUGAUACUCGCAGAUCAUCUUGGCGAAAACAUGAUGUUAGUUACAAAGAGAACUUGGGUGAUGAAGACGAUACUGCUAGCAGAUCAAGACGAAAGACUACUAAAAUCAGUAAGCCAGUGGAUAAGGUGAAGAAAGAUAAAAGAAAAGUCCUUGAAGAAAGUACACCAGAUGGAAUUGCGGAGAACUGCAAGAAUAAUGGAGAAGAAGUAGCUGAAGAUGAUGGGAACUCUGAAGGACCUGAACCGGUGGUUGCUGAAGUUGUUUAUCCAGAUUUUUAUAGCUUUGACAGGGAUAGAACUGAAGAAUGCUUUGCACUUGAUCAGAUAUGGGCCAUUUUUGACAGUUUAGAUGGUAUGCCCAGAUUCUAUGCUAGGAUCAAUAAAGUGUACUCGCCUUUCAAGGUGGAGCUCACAUGGUUGGAGUUUGUUGCUGAUGACCCGGAUCAGACUGCUUGGAAGACAGACGGGUUACCGUUUGCUUGUGGGAAAUUCAAACUCGAGAAGACUGAUACAGUUAAAGAGAUAGGUACAUUCUCCCAUAAGAUGGUCUGUGAAAAAGGUGUUCAGGAUACUUACAAGAUCUAUCCACGAAAAUGGGAAACUUGGGCCCUUUACAAGAACUGGAACAUUAAAUGGAGCUCUGACAGGGACUACCACAGAGAGUAUGAGUAUGAAUUUGUUGUGGUCCUGUCAGAUUACGUCAACAAAUCAGGCAUUUUGGUAUCCCAAUUGGUUAAGUUAAAAGGUUUUGUAUGCUCGUUUAAGGCAACCGAAACCAAUGGCAUGUAUACGUUUCAGAUACCAUCUAAUGAAAUGUUGAAAUUCUCUCACAGGGUUCCUUCGGUUAGAACAAAUGGUUAUUUUGAACUUGAUCCUGCUUCCCUUUCCAGUAACCUUGAAGAAGUAUCUGAUUUCAUUGAUGGGGAAGCUGAAAUUCUUGGUGGUAGAAAGCAUCGCUCCUUAAAAUCUAUAUUAAAGAAGAAGCCUCAUGAAGAAAAUGUCGAGGAAUCCAAAAAUUUGAGUACUUCAGAUGGUGUGACAGCAAAAGAUGAAAUUCUUGGUGGUAAAAAGCAGCGUUCCUUAAAAUCUAUAUUUGAGGAGAAGCCUCAUGCGCCGAAGAAUGUAAAUGAAGAAAAUGUCGAGGAAUCCAAGAAUUUGAGUACUUCAGAUGGUGUGACAGCAAAAGAUGAAAUUCUUGGUGGUACAAAGCAGCGUUCCUUAAAAUCUAUAUUUGAGGAGAAGCCUCAUGCGCCGAAGAAUGUAAAGAAAAUGUCGGGAAAUCUAAGACUUUAAGUACUCCAGAGGGUGUAACAGCAAAGGCAGAGAGAGUUUCUGAGCAAAUUGCUUCUUCACCUUCUUCAUUUAUAGACCCUUAUCAACUACCAAAGUCGGUUUUUCAUUCCUUUGAAGAUGACAAAAGUGAAGUUAAAUUCCAAGCUGGCCAGGUGUGGGCUUUGUAUUGUGAGUUGGAUGGUUUGCCGAAGUACUAUGGUCUGAUCAAAAAGGUUGAAUCAAUCCCGAAGUUUAAAGUGAACAUACAAUGGCUUGAAGCUUGCACCCCACCAAAGGGUAUGCUCAAGUGGCUUGAGAAUAAUAUGCCUUUAUGCUGUGGAGUUUUUUCUAGUGGUGACGAAACGGAGUUCGAUGAUACUGCUUUUUUCUCACAUCUUUUAAAAGCAGAAGUUGUGAAGGGAAACUAAGUUGUGAAGGAAAACACGUAUGAGGUCUAUCCAAAGAAAGGGGAGGUGUGGGCGAUUUAUAGGAAUUUUAGUUCAGAAUGGUCUUCUUCUGACCUCCAAACAUGUGAGUAUGACAUAGGCAAAGUUGUAAAUGUAGACGGUACAAUCAAGGUGUUGGUUUUGGAGAAGGUUUCUGAUUACAAGACAAUUUUCAAGGUUCAGAGAAGAGCAGGCCAUGAUUCCGUAUUUGAAAUACCACACGAUGAAUUGCUUAGAUUCUCUCAUCAAAUUCCUGCAAUCCAGUUAACUGAGGAAAAAGUAAGAACCUUAUUGACUGGUGAAAAACUAGGAACCAUGCGUGGAUGUUGGAAGUUGGAUUCAAAAGCAAUGCCGGUUUGUUUAUUUAAUCGUAAAUGAAGAGUCAACACUGUCGGAUACAUGGUGAAGGUUCUUUAGGCUGCUUGUAAAUUUUGAGGUACAGGGUCUGUGUUCUUUUUGAUCUGCUGUUAAGAAUUACUAGUUGAUGUGUGUUGCCGUAUGCGGUUAAGCAAUUUUUUUUGUUUUCACACGCGGUAUGGGGAGAACCAUCUUCCGUCAGAAUGAGGUAUUGGCCUGCAUCUUCAUUUGUUUCACUGCAUGUCUUACUGAAAUAUUAUUAGCUUAGUGAUAUGUAAUCAUUCUACUGGUACUAGCAUAUGUAAAUGAUACUAUAUUCAUACUUUCUUACUUUAGAUUUUGCGUCAUCA